AUGCACUCUUCCACUGUUGUCACAAAGGAAUUUGCCCCGAGCCCAGUGAGCCGCUGCUUACGCCUCGCUACGAGUCAAAAUCAAAUACCUGCUGUUGGGCGGAGUAUGGGUUCUACUACUCAGCACGCUUGCGGCCAGUUCCGAACCUCAGCCAUCAUCAGCCUCAGUGGCCACACGAACCCUUUGCUCAAGGACUGCACUACACAGACGGAGGGAUCCAACAAUAUCGACGACCUCUCUGCCCUACGCGCCUAUCAGUCGGCUCUACGCUCGUUUAUUUGCACUGCUUGGAGGGGCGGCAACCGGGCCCUCUCCACCUCACACGGGGUUUUGAACCUUCAACCUUCUGGCUUGGACAGCGAACCAACAUCCACGACCCGUAUCCAGUUCGGCCACUCUCCCAGGUUUUCCAGCUGUGGACAUGAGAUGACGCUUUUCAGCCUCAGGAACCAUGGCAAAAGAAGUCGCAAUCGUAUUCGCCUUCAGCCUUCAAUUACUUCAUUCCGCCCAUCAAAUGCUCGGACGAGAAGAACCAGGGAUUGGCUCCUGGAUGAGCGAUGCUUCAGUGCCGUGACUCCGAAUCCCGGCUCCGUUUACAGCCCUCUCCGGCGCGCCAGUGCAUUCUUCCAGCGCGGGUGUCCCGACUGCAUGGUCGGCGAGCCCGUCUCUGCGGCGAGGCUGGGGCAUUCACCGUUGCGGCGCUGGUUGGUGGAACGAUACCGUCAGCCGUCGGCUAUUCCAACGACUGGUAACCAGCGAUUUCACACCGUCUUUCACUUUCCCCUGAGACCUCCACUGCAGCGGACUUUUGCGUUACAGAUGGGGUACUAUUUGUGA